AUGUGGCUCUCGUCCUUCGCGACGACGGCCGACCCAGAGCACCACACGGUGCGCGCGCGUGUGUGGAGCGCCCGCAAUGGACCUCUCGUCACUACAGACGAUGGGCUGACGCUCGUCGUGACGUCUGACGUGUCGCUGCUGCGUCGACUGCGUGUCCUUCACGACUCGUUCGUGACGCUGCAGUCGCUCGAGCGUCGGCACAUUGCGAGACUGCAACUCGUUUCGCAGCGUAUACUGGAAUCAAGUCAAGAACAGAUCACCGACGACGACGACAACGUCGACGUGUUGCUGUCGCCGCUCUUGGCGUUCAAUCUCGGGCUCGACUUGCACCGUCACGACACCGUCUCGUUGUCGAUCGCUUCGGCGUCGGCUCAGGAACUGGGACUUCCUCUGCUGCCGUCUCCGUCUUUGUUCCGGCGGAAACAAUACGAGCAACCGGCUAUAGCUCGCACGGCAAUCAUCGCACCCUUUGCGCACUCGAGUCGCUCGUGCCGUCCACACGCGCUGCUUCAGCAGUCGAACGACGGACUCAUUGACGCGGUCCGAGCGUUCUUUCACUCGGGUCAAGUCGUGCAAGUCGGCGAUGUGCUCGCCGUUGAGCUUCGAGAGACAACGGAGUCUCGAGUCUCCCAGCUGAAGAAUGAACGAUGCCGAACGCAGUAUGCACCCUACAAGUGCGUCGACAUCCCAGCGGCGUGUAUGGUGUCGACAGACGGUGCAGCUGCUGCGGAGUCAGUGACUGAAGUCCUGCCGCCGAUCUUGGAGCUCGACACGGCGCUUGUGUUUUUUCGAGUGGAGAAAGUGAAUGGUGAGAUGGACGAUGCUUUGGCGUUGACGAUCUCCCGUGAUACGGAACUGAUGCAAGGGUCGUCGAUCUCGGCAGUGUUGCCUGACGAAGCAAUUGUCAAACAGUUUAUGAUGCAAAGCCGGCAUGGGGCUAUGGCGCCGUUAGUUGACUCGGUGAUGUCGUCAGCUGCUCAGCAAAAGCUGUAUGAAGUGCUGUAUCCGUCCCGAUUGUGCAACAUCCCUGUGUCAGUGCUUUUGAGCGGUGCUCGCGGUGUUGGCAAGCAGACUCUCGUUCACGAAGUAGCAAAGCAGUUGGGUGUCGUUACACUCGAGAUACCGUUCACGGAGCUGACGGGACAGUCAGAGCUUCAUCUGCUCGAGAACGUGCGAGACCAAGUGUCGAAGGCCCAAGCGGUGUCUCCUUGUCUUCUGUAUAUCCGCCACCUCUUUCCGGUCGAAAAAGGCGAUGAAGAAGCUGAGCUGCGCAUUGGCGCCGUCCUCUCAGAGUGCAUUCGCUCGCUCAGUCAAGGCCAGCACAGCAUUCCAUUGAUCGUGUGCGCAGACGACGUGUCUGAAGUGUCGAAGUUCAUCCGACAGUGUUUUCUGUACGAGAUGCAUCUUGAGGCACCGGAUCAGCGCGAGCGACUGGCAUUCCUGCAGCACAUGGCAGUUUCUAUCAAGCUCAAUGAGGACGUGGAUUUGGAUGAAGUCGCGCAGGUGACUGCAGGCCGGACGUAUGGAGAGCUCUCGGCCAUGCUGGCUGAUGCCGGUAGUAUUGCGAUUGAUCGAAUGCUUGGGAGCGAGACGAACGCAAGCAAGCAAUCUUUAGAAGACCUGGUGUUUGGUGACUAUGGCGACCUCUCCUCUGACCGCUGUUCUGUCUCAGCAAAGGACAUCGAGGAAGCUGUGCAAAACCAGCAGGCACAUGCAGCAUCUGCUAACGUCAGCAACGCAUCGAUUCCGAAUGUGAGAUGGACCGACGUCGGUGGCCUGGAAGACGUGAAGGAUGAGAUCCUAGACGUUGUGCAGCUACCGAUCAAACACCCGGAGCUUUUUGCUAGUGGACUGCGCCAACGAUCCGGUAUACUGCUGUACGGGCCUCCAGGAACGGGCAAAACACUGCUGGCCAAGGCGAUUGCGACAGAGUCGAAUCUCAACUUCCUUAGUGUGAAGGGACCCGAGCUGCUGAACAUGUACAUUGGCGAAAGCGAGAAGAACGUGCGGCAAAUCUUUACAAAAGCUCGCAACUGUCGUCCUUGUAUUCUUUUCUUCGAUGAGCUGGAUUCGCUGGCUCCGAUGCGUGGGCGCGGGUCGGACUCCGGCGGUGUCAUGGACCGCGUAGUCUCGCAGUUGCUGACGGAAAUCGAUGGUCUUAGCGGCGGCGGCAACGACCAGGUGUUUGUCAUUGGCGCGACAAAUCGCCCAGAUUUACUGGAAACAGGGUUGCUGCGGCCUGGUCGCUUCGACCGGCUACUGUACCUCGGGAUAUGCAACGAGAAAGCAGCGCAGCUGAAAGUGCUAAAGGCGCAGACGAGGAAGUUUCUGUUGACAGAGGACGUUGAUCUAGACGCGGUCGUUGAACACUGUCCGACCAACUUUACGGGCGCUGAUUUUUACGCACUUAGCUCGAGUGCGCUAGCGGCUGCACUGAAGGACCGCGUGAAGUCUCUGGAUCGACAACUCGAUGAGAUCAAUGCAAAGGACUGCUAUUCGUCCAGUCCCUUGACAAUGCGUCUCCUCCUCAACCGCUUGUCGCCAGAAGAGCUGCGUGUGCCCGUGGGACAAGAACACUUUAUGACGGCGCUUUCCCAUGUGGUUCCGUCUGUGUCGCCCGCUGAGAUCCGGCACUAUGAGAAACUCAAAGAAGAGUACAGCUCGAAACAGACAUGA